UAUGCCACGUGGCACGAUCUGAGUUAGGGGGACGGCCUCUAAAAUGAGAAAGGAGAAAAUUGAAGGGAUAUGGACGUGUGACACGGCGCUGUAAUCCCAUUCCCAACUCUUCGGCGGCUCACUCGAUCAGCCUCUCCUCCUCUCUACCUGCCCCGCAUCUCGAAUAUUUGGCCAGUAAAGCGAAAGUGAAGGGUUUGCAAAUCGGCUAGCAGUUCAGAGAAAAUGGGGGUUGUUGGAUGGAGGGUUCGUUCGAUGGUCCAACAUUUGGGUUGGAACUGUCGCCGGGGCCUCUCGUCCGCUGCGGUUCAAUCUCAGUUGGAGAAUGUAGGAUUCAUAGGACUGGGAAAUAUGGGUGCCCAUAUGGCGAGGAACCUGGUAAUGGCUGGAUAUAAAGUGACUGUUCAUGAUGUCAAUGAGAAUACCAUGAAGAAAUUCUCGGAUGAUGGAAUUCCCACAAAACUGUCUCCACUUGAAGUGUCCAAGUCUAGUGAUGUCGUAAUUACGAUGCUGCCUUCGUCUGCCCAUGUAUUAGAUGUAUACAAUGGACGGAAUGGUUUGCUUGCUAAUGGGGGCUGCCUUGGACCUUGGUUGUAUAUAGAUUCAUCCACAGUUGAUCCACAAACAUCAAGGAAAAUAUCCAUGGACAUCUCAAGAUGCACUUUGAAAGAAAAGAAAGCCUAUGCUGAAAAACCGAUGAUGCUGGAUGCUCCUGUUUCCGGAGGUGUUCCUGCUGCAGAAGCUGGGAAACUCACUUUCAUGGUAGGUGGUUCAGAAGAAGCAUAUCUAGCAGCAAAACCCUUACUUCUCUCAAUGGGCAAAAAAACAAUAUAUUGUGGCGGGGCUGGAAAUGGCUCGGUUGCAAAGAUUUGUAACAACAUGGCAAUGGCCAUCAGCAUGCUUGGAGUCUCCGAAGCUUUUGCUCUUGGUCAGAAUCUCGGCAUCAAAGCUAGCGUUCUUACAGACAUAUUCAACUGCUCAAGUGCCCGCUGCUGGAGCAGUGACACAUAUAACCCAGUUCCUGGAGUAAUGAUGGAUGUGCCAUCAUCGAGGAACUAUGAUGGUGGUUUCACCUCCAAACUAAUGACCAAAGAUUUGGAUUUGGCCAUGGCCUCUGCAUCUGGAGUUGGCUUCAAUUGUCCCUUUGGUUCUCAGGCACUUGAAAUUUACCGAAAGCUAUGUGCUGAUGGCUGUGAACUCAAGGACUUCUCAUGUGCAUUUCGCCACAACUAUGCUGGCAAAGAUGAAAAUUGAUCUUGUAGCUCUGCCACCUAACUUGCCACCUGUUAAAAUAAAUAAAGCAAUAAAAAGUUGUGUGAUUGAAGUGUACUCAGGCAAAGUUGGACUAUCCUUUGUAAAGUGAAUUAUCUUAAUUGACGCCUUUCAGCCUGUAAAAUCAAAUCCAUUGGCUCAAAGCAAAGCUUUCUCUGACAUUUGUACUAAAUUGAUUUUACUGAGGUAUUGUCCCUCUUGUAUUUUCAGGGCUGUGUCAACAUAAAGUGUACUCUUGCUGCAUUCGGACCAAGUAUUCCAUACUAUGUGUAACAAUGUAAUUAGACAUAGGCAUCAAGUUCUGUAUGUAUGAUCAGAAAAUGUACACCAAGGAGAGCCCUGUGCUGUUGUGCACAUAUUGACAUAUUGUACAAAGAAAUGUAGCAAUCGCAUUGCCAAGCAAAUGACUUGAUGAAUAAGAACAUCAGAUUUGGCAGAAUAAA